CGCGGCGCCCCAGCGCCCUGCUCCCUCGCAGCAUGUCCGCCCGCGCCCCACCGCGCCGCCUGCGGCCGCCGCCGCCACCAUUGCUGUCGCUGCUGCUGCUGCUGGCCCUGGGAGGCCGCCGCCUGUACGCCGACCCGGGCGACGGGGCGCAGACCUGGGCCCGCUUCGCGCAGCCUCCGGCCCCCGAGGCUGCCGGCCUCCUCCACGACACCUUCCCCGACGGCUUCCGCUGGGCGGUGGGCAGCGCCGCCUACCAGACAGAGGGCGGCUGGCAGCAGCACGGCAAGGGCGCAUCCAUCUGGGACACGUUCACCCACAACCCCCCGGAGCCCCCGGGAGACCCUCCGGUAGCCGGCCUGCCGUCGGGCGCCCGGUCUCCGUCCCCGCCCGCUACCGGGGACGUGGCCAGCGACGGCUACAAUAACGUCUUCCGCGACACCGAGGGGCUGCGUGAGCUUGGGGUCACCCACUACCGAUUCUCGAUCUCGUGGGCGCGGGUGCUCCCCAAUGGCAGCGCGGGCGCCCCCAACCGCGAGGGGCUACGCUACUAUAGGCGCCUGCUAGAGCGGCUGCGGGAGCUGGGCGUGCAGCCUGUGGUCACCCUGUACCACUGGGACCUGCCCCAGCGCCUGCAGGACGCUUACGGCGGCUGGGCCAACCGCGCCCUGGCCGACCACUUCAGGGAUUACGCCGAGCUCUGCUUCCGCCACUUCGGGGGCCAGGUCAAGUACUGGAUCACCAUCGACAACCCCUACGUGGUGGCUUGGCACGGCUAUGCCACCGGACGCCUGGCCCCUGGCGUCCGGGGCAGCCCGCGGCUUGGGUACUUGGUGGCGCACAACCUCCUCCUGGCUCAUGCCAAAAUCUGGCAUCUCUACAACACUUCUUUCCGUCCAACUCAGGGAGGCCAGGUAUCCAUUGCACUAAGCUCCCACUGGAUCAAUCCUCGAAGAAUGACCGACCAUAGCAUCAAAGAAUGUCAAAAAUCUCUUGACUUUGUCCUAGGUUGGUUUGCCAAACCCAUAUUCAUUGAUGGCGACUAUCCUGACAGCAUGAAGAAUAAUCUUUCAUCUCUUUUGCCUGAUUUUACUGAAUCUGAGAAAAAAUUCAUCAAGGGAACAGCUGACUUUUUUGCUCUUUCUUUUGGACCAACCUUGAGUUUUCAAUUAUUGGACCCUCACAUGAAGUUCCGCCAAUUGGAAUCUCCCAGCCUGAGGCAACUCCUUUCUUGGAUUGACCUUGAAUAUAACCACCCUCAAAUAUUUAUUGUGGAAAAUGGCUGGUUUGUCUCAGGGACCACCAAGAGAGAUGAUGCUAAAUAUAUGUAUUACCUCAAAAAAUUCAUAAUGGAAACCUUAAAAGCCAUCAAGCUGGAUGGGGUAGACGUCAUUGGCUACACGGCAUGGUCUCUUAUGGAUGGCUUCGAGUGGCACAGAGGCUACAGCAUCAGACGUGGGCUCUUCUAUGUCGACUUUCUAAGCCAGGAUAAGAAACUGUUGCCAAAAUCGUCAGCCUUGUUCUACCAAAAGCUGAUAGAGAAAAAUGGCUUCCCUCCUUUACCUGAAAAUCAACCCCUAGAAGGGACAUUUCCCUGUGACUUUGCUUGGGGAAUUGUUGACAACUACAUUCAAGUGGACACCACCCUGUCUCAGUUCACCGACCCGAACGUUUACCUGUGGGAUGUCCACCACAGUAAGCGGCUGAUUAAGGUGGACGGGGUGGUGACCAAGAGGCGGAAGUCCUACUGCGUGGACUUCGCGGCCAUCCGGCCGCAGAUAGCCUUACUCCAGGAGAUGCACGUCUCGCAUUUUCACUUCUCGCUGGAUUGGGCCCUGAUCCAGCCGCUGGGCAACGAGUCGCAGGUGAACCACACGGCGCUGCACUACUACCGCUGCGUGGUCAGCGAGCUGGUGCGCGCCAACAUCACCCCGGUGGUGGCGCUCUGGCGGCCCGCCGCCCCGCACCACGGCCUGCCGCUGCCCCUGGCCAGGCACGGCGCCUGGGAGAACCCCCGCACCGCCCUGGCGUUCGCCGAGUACGCCCGCCUGUGCUUUCGGGAUCUCGGCCGCCACGUCAAGUUCUGGAUCACGAUGGGCGAGCCGUACACGCGCAACAUGACCUACAGCGCCGGGCACAACCUGCUGAAGGCGCACGCGUUGGCUUGGCGCGUGUACGAUGAGAAGUUCAGGGGCUCUCAGAAGGGGAAAAUAUCCAUAGCCCUGCAGGCCGAUUGGAUCGAACCCGCCUGCCCUUUCUCCCCAAAGGACAAAGAAGUGGCCGAGAGGGUUUUGGAAUUUGACAUCGGCUGGCUGGCCGAGCCCAUUUUCGGCUCUGGGGACUAUCCACGUGUGAUGAGGGACUGGCUCGACCGAAGAAACAAUUUCCUUCUCCCGUAUUUCACAGAGGAAGAAAAAAAGCUAAUCCGGGGCUCCUUUGACUUUCUGGCUGUAAGCCAUUACACCACCAUCCUUGUUGACUGGGAAAAAGAAGACCCAGUGAAAUACAACGAUUACCUGGAAGUGCAGGAAAUGACCGACAUCACCUGGCUCAACUCUCCAGGUCAGGUGGCCGUGGUGCCCUGGGGCUUGCGCAAAGUUCUCAACUGGCUGAGGCUGAAGUAUGGAGACCUUCCCAUGUAUAUAAUAGCCAACGGCAUAGACGACGAUCCGCUCGCAGCCCAAGACAGGCUGAGGGUGUAUUACAUGCAGAAUUAUGUCAACGAAGCUCUGAAAGCCUACAUACUGGAUGGUAUCAAUCUUUGUGGAUACUUUGCUUAUUCAUUUCAUGAUCGCUCAGCUCCGAAGUUUGGCCUCUAUCAUUAUGCAGCAAAUCAGUUUGAGCCCAAACCGUCCAUGAAACAUUACAGGAAAAUUAUUGACAACAAUGGCUUCCCCGGUCCCGAGACUCUGGGAAGAUUUUGUCCAGAGGAAUUCACCCUGUGCUCUGAAUGCAGCUUUUUUCAUACCCGAAAGUCUUUGCUGGCUUUCAUCGCUUUCCUACUUUUUGCUUUUAUUAUUUCUCUUUCUUUGAUUUUCUACUACUCUAAGAAAGGCAGAAGAAGUUAUAAAUAGUCCUGGACGUUUUUCUAUUCUUUUAUUUUGAAAUAAUUAUGUGCAUACAUCAGCUUUUAACCAUUUGUACUUCUCAGUGUUGUAAAACUAUAGAUUUCAUUUAUCCGACUUUCAAGAAAAUUUUAUAUGGCAUAGGACAGACGUUUGGAAAUGAGCAUAAGCGAUUGUAAAAUACUGAAUAAUGUGAAUAGUGCCUGGAUUUGUUCUUUUUUGUUGUUGUUUGGAAGAUGAUCAGUGAGUGUCAGGGGCCAUGAUUUCUGCAACAUCCUCUAACGAACGUAUGUGAAAUGGGAACCAUUUUGUAAUUUCUUUUUUUACAGGAAUUGAAUGACCUUAUCAGUGCCCAUUCCUUAAUGUAGUGCUUAUCUUGCAGUAAUAAUUGCAGACUUUGGAGUAAAAGUUAAGUCCCAAGUAACCAUACUCAAGUAACCAACUGCCAUGAUACGCUUAAUGGUCUCUGUUGAACCAAGUUUCCCUUGAAAAAGAAAUGGCAGAAUAGAGGUGACAUGACAAAGGGCCCUAUGCUGCAACAUUUCUUUUAAAAGCAGUGUUUCUAGCAAAUGCUGCUAAUAUUAAUUUAUGUAUCUGGUUAAUGAUAUGUUUAGCAGAGCAAAUGAUAGAACUUUAUUUUAUGUGACGUUCAAGGCCCGCUCCAGGCCCUUCGGUCCAUGAGGGCUUUGGGUUACUUGGGCCCUGUCAAGGGUCUGCGUAUAGAGGACUUUGAAUGUUUGCAGAAAAAUAAACAUGAAUCAUGAGAUGUUGGGCUCUUCAGGAAGCAUAAACCAAUCGUGAAUAUAUUAUAUGGCUCUAGGAAGAGGAAAGGAGAAAAAAGUACUUAUGAGCAAUAUUAUGAUUAAUUUGAUUAUAACCCUUUGAUUUUAGAGCACUCCUUGCAAUGAAUGAUGUGACCUUUCCUGAGCAAAUAAGAAUGAAAUAAUAACUCAUCCUGUGAAGAGUGACUUCACUUGCUGUUCUUUAGAAUGUGGCAAGAUUUCUUUGAAUUAAUUUUUUUUUUUUUAAUUCUUCAUAGGCUCCAAAGCAUUUGGUCUGAUAACCCUGGAAGAUUUGUCUCUGUGAUUGUUGAGGUUUAUUUAAUAUUUUGGCUGCAACUUCUGUGGAACUAACUCUGAACUAGUUUUGUUUUGAACUUUCACACUGAAACAUGCUACUGAUUUCUAGAAAGGGCUAAUGAGGUCUUAUCCUUUAAUGCCCCUUAAACAAGUUUUGCUGAUUUUCAGACAAGGGUCUUUCUGUUUCACUAUUGCUGUGCAUGAUCCCAGUGUUUGUUUUAUAGAUAAGCCAGUAUCAUAUCAGGCAAGGUAAACCACUAUCAUAUCAAGCAUAACUAAUCUUGCUGACACAGAGUAAUGGUGUAUAAUAAAAUGCUGUACUGUAUUAUGUAUCAUCUUCAGAGGUGGUAUGACUUUUUUCCAUGAAAGAUAAGCUUUUGUUGGUAUUCUUUUAAAAAAUGGACUUCUUAUUACAAAUAGAAACUAGAGAAUAAUAGAUUCUUCUAUGUAUAUAUAUUUUUCUGAUUCUAAGAGUAAUAAAUGUUUGUUGUAAAAAAUUUAAAAGCAUAGAAAGUAUAUAUAAAGAGAAAAAAUGCCCUGUAAUCUCACCACCAAUAAUAGAGCCUAUGUAUCUUGUUUUGCAUGGAGUUGGAUCAUAUUGUAAAUAAUCAUGUAUCUUUAUUAAUUUUCAUCAUGUGUGUUUCUUUUGUCAUUAGUCUUCAAAAGCAUGAUUUCUAGUUGUAAAGUGAUCCCACUCUAUGAAUUUAUUGCAACUUAUUUAACCAUUCCUAUUGUUUGGAUUAAUUUAUUGUUAAUUACUGUAAAUGUUUAAAAAUUUUCUUGCUACAUCAUUUUCAUUUCCUUGAGUGUAGAUGGAAGUAAUUCGGUCUUUUGAUGAAGUAUUGUAAUAAAUCUGCCUGCAACUUUGCCUCCUUCAUAAUCAUA